GGUGAUGAUAGAGAGAGUACCUGGACCCGGCCGGACCCGAGGCCGAUGUCCCCUGACACGCGCAUGGACCCGCCUUACGAUGACGGUGUCGGCGGUUCUGAAGCGGGKGACGAUGACGGCGUUGCGGAGCAAGGAAGUGCCGAUCCCAUGGGCGAUCAAAGCGAUGUGCUCAACAGUGGUGGAGCGGGCGAGGCGGGUAACGGACGGCCUGCGAACGCUCGUCCGCCAGCUCCGAAGAAACAAAACGUACCAUGGACGUUGGAUGAGCGGGUAAAGCUCGCGAUGUUGAUGGGUGAGGAUGAUGCCCUGAUGGCAGAUGCCCACGGGCAACACCGUUUCAAGCAGAGGAAGGAGCGGUAUGUUUGGGUGAACGAGAGGAUGAGGGACGCCGGGUUCAAACAGAGGAGCGCUGAGGACUGCAGGAAGAAAUGGUCGAACAUGCUGCAGACGGCGAAGCUCAUCAUCGAGAAAUGUGAAGCAUCUGGCCAGCCAUCGUAUUGGGAUCUGUCAGUGGAGGAGCGAAAGGAGAAGAAUCUCCCACUGUCCUUUGAGAAGGCAUUGUGGGACGCUAUGCAGUGGCAGCUAGAUCGGUCGUCAGUGAAGUGUGACAAAACAAUGGCUUCGGAGAACCUAAUGGGGGGGGGUGGAAGCGCAUCGACAAGUGGUAGAUCGGAGGAGAGGUGUGCUGACAAAUCGGACAGUGCUGCGAAGAUCCGCCGAACGGAGAAGGGAAAGGCGAGGAGGGAGGAGGCGAGUACCACUGCCACGCUGUUGAGCAGGGCCAUGGAGGAUUCCACUCGGUCUUACUGCGAUGGCCUCGACAAAGCGGCCAGUAGCCUGGCGAAAGCCACCGCAGACGCCGGCUCUGCAAUUGCCUGUCAGAUAGGAGACGUGGCCGAAGCGAUGCGAGGUGGUAACAGUGUCCUCGAGUUGCUGGUGGGGGUUCUCGCACGCCGGGGCCCGGACGAAGGGGGUGCAGUGGGGGGUGGGCGGGACACGGACCCGUCAUCACGGGGAUUUGAUGGUGACAGAGGUGACGAUGAUGAUGACGAUGACGAUGAGGAUGACGAUGAGGAUGAUGAUGAGGAUGAUGAUGAUGAUGAUGAUGAUGACGAUGAUGAUGACGAUGAUGAUGAUGAUGACGAUGAUGAUGACGAUGACGAUGACGAUGAUGAUGUUGAUGAUCAUGAGGAUGAUGAUGCCGUCCAUACGGGUCAAUCCUUCCGGUACAGGAAGCAAUCAAUGCCCGCGCGGACGCCAUCCACUUUAGUGGGCUUCAUUUCAAAUUGUUCGCGUCACGUCUGUGAAAAAACGCGAGGAUGAGCAUUUCUGUUUUCUCGCUAUCAAUGCUCUGACAUCUAUCAGGUGCUUCGUGUUCUGUUUUUGUGUGCUCACAUGGGAAUGUCUGCGAAUGUUUUGUGUGGGAACGUUAUGCAUGGAUGAGUACACAAAUUGCAAUUCUAUAUUACAGCGGUUAUUGCCAUUAAUUUCCUUUUUUUUCGCCAUCCCAAACGACUAAACGAGUCUGUGUUGUGUCGCAUGUCCGUGACGAUGCUUUUGGCAGCGAAGAAGGUGUGAUCGUUGUUGCAUAACAUUGUUUUUUAUUUGAACAAAAUUGUUUUUCAAUC